AUGCCGUUCGCGGCAGGCUCGACCGAGAUCUGGAGGGAGUGCGCAGCGAUCUCGGCUCAAGCCAUUCCGGCUCGAGCUGCUCUGGCCGCAGCACGCGUACUCUACUCUACAUUGUAUUUCUUACCAGGAACUCUCGCCAUCGGGCAUGAUGCAGCUGUCGGUCGCGUUGUCCGUGUGCCUGGUUGCGCUGGGCGCGGCGCUGCCAGCGGACCGCGCUGCGGCCCUCCUGCAGCGCGACAACGAGCUUGUCAUCGGGGACGAGGAGACGAGGAUCUCUCGGGCUUCGACUUCUCGCCGGUGGAUAUUAUGGAUGAAGAUGACAAGCCCAACAAGAAGCACCACACCAAGUCGAUCAAUCGCGUGAAGCUCGAGACCUUGACCUCGACCCUCGACCAGGCCAUCCCUCUCCUGGAGAGGGACUUCAAGGUGAAGACCCAGCAGCUGAAGGUGGCCCUGGCGAACUUCAGGUCCCAUCAGAAGGACAUGGACGUGGCGAAGAAGGAGGCGACCGCGGCCAUGAAGGCCCUCCGCGCGGAGGCGGAGAGGCGCCGCAGGUCUGCCGCCGACCGCCGGCUGACCAAGGAGCGGGAGCGUAAGGCAAAGGAGGAGGCCGAGCGCACGGCGAAGGCUGCGAUGAUCAAGAAGGCGCAGGCCCUCAUGGGCGUGAAGGGCGGCGCGGAGGACGGCAUUUUGGGCGACAUGUCGCUGGGCCUCAUGGUCGACGUGCUUAUGGCCCUGCCAGAAGCGGUGGAGAAUCCGAUCUUCGUGAAGCGCCUGGCAAAGUCGAAGGACAUCGUGGUGACAAACAUCCAGGAUUUCUUGAACAUCACGCGCCGCAAGACCGCGAAGUUCGUGCUGGCGGCCAGCAGGGCGUCCGACGUGGAGCUCGCGUUCCUCCUGGCGCGCUACUUCCACGAGGCCUCCUUCCGCGUCAAGGCGAUGCAGUCGGAUGCGCAGAAGGUUGCCAGGGAUCUCAACGUCGUGAUGCCGCCCAAGCUGAGGAGAAGCUUUCUGCCCAUCAUCAAGGGCCUGCGGGCAAAUGCGGUCCCGCUGCGCGUGAAUGCCACCAGUCUUGCGGGCGCCACCAUCCAAACCGCUUGCUUGGAGAUCUCUAGCCUCAUGGGGAACAUCAGCGACUAUCGAAGACCAAACUGA